ACGCAAGGCGACGAGGCUCUUUAUUCAAUUCGGAAACCUAUUCACCUAACAAAAUUUCGUGUUAAAGGCUUCGUCUGAUGUUUGUGAGUUCGCUAGCGAACUUCGAUUUCAGGUCUAUAUAAUGGGGCGAUCUGGCAACAGUUUCGAUCUUCUUCCUUCGUCUACAACCUUUCGACAAGUACCGUCCCUCCAACUCGGCGUCAACUUUGUAACAAAGGUUGCUCAAGAUGUCUACUAGUGCCUCCACCGCUUCCACCAAGGUUGAACUCAAAGGCCAACUCGAGAUCGCCAAGAAUGAGUACCAACAAGCUUGCGAUACCAAGGCGGCCAACUACGACCGAUGCCAGCAAGAGAUGACUAGACGAAUGACACCACUGGUUGCAGCACGAAACCAAGCUCUACCUCAACUCGUGGGAAAUCAAAACGAUACCUCUCGGCAAGUCUGGCAGGCUAGCGUACGAGAUAUUGCGGCUGAGUAUGAACGUUGCCAACAUGAGACGGCGAGACUUGCAUUGGUAGAAGUCGAGGCUUGUGCUAAGGCAGCUCGUAAGGUCUUGGAUCUUGAAGAGCAGAUUGACAAGAAGAACCAGGAGUUGAAGAAUUGGCAUGCUUGGUCCGACGAGGAGCUUAUCACCAGAUUCGAGUCUGGCGACAUUGACUACUCGCACUUCAUGACCAAAUCUGGAGAGCAUGCUAGGAAUGUCGACAAGCUUGUGUCUGCUUACAAGACCACACAACGCGAUCUCUUCGCCCCCACCAGAGACGUUGUUCGCCGUGUCGCCUAUGAGGUCAACUUCCAAGUCUGCAAGACACCUCUGAACUCCAUCCAUUGGCCUCGAUACCGUGCCGAAGCUGGUUCGAAUUCUGAUGUCACCCUUGCCGAGGAGACUGCACCGGCCAAAUUCGACCCCCAAACAAUACCUGGUACCAGUGUCGGUCCUGGAAUGUUCAUGAGCCGAAAGUUGGUCUCUGAUAAGGACAUCGAGUCAGACAUGCGCACCCGCUUGUCCGACCCCAAGGAGUUCAAUGUGGCUAGCUGGCUGCAGCCUACCCCUGAGUUGGCAAUUGAGGCUACUAUUAUGCGCCCUUAUGGUGCUUCUCGCCACCUCUAAGCGAGCUCAAUCAUCAGUGGCGCAAUGGGACUUUUGUUUCACAAAAGUCACCUCCAUGCGUUCGACAUUCACAUACGAUCAUUCUGGUCUUUUACAAUAACAGCGUUGGUUUCCCUUGAUAUUCUGCGGGUGG